CACACAAAAAAAAGCUCACUCGAGCUCUCGGGAUUAUAAAAGAAAUUACCAGCCGCCAGUGAGUGACAGGUUGAAUCUGUUCAAAACAAACAAAUCGGCUUGUCAUCUGAUUGAUCGCAUCCGAUCAAACGUCGGCUAUGGCCGCCAUAAAGUUAUGCUCCCCCACCCAUCUCACAAUGGACCAUGUCCUUCAGCAGAUUAUCUUCUCCCUAGUUCAUGCAGGAUGUUCCUCAGAUCUUGAUAUCAGGGUUCCACGGAGAGACUGGAAUCUUUUUGGCCAGAUUGAGAUGGCUGGCGAUAAGUGAAAGUACCAGGUCCAGAACCACGGUACGUAGCUUUCGGCCUCUUCGCUUCAGAACGUUCGUUUGUUUUCUUUGAUCACAGAACCUUUCUCGCAUUUAGAUCCACGCACGUCCGGUACGACUCAGCCGGCAACCACCACCAUCCACGCGGCCCAGUCGUGUCCAGCCACCUAAAGCACGGUGCAAGCGCGGAGGUAGACAACAUACCGCAGCCACCCUCUUCCUCCCCCAUCCAUCAUGACACCCCCCAACACACGGUCGAACACACUCUCCCGCCGCUCGUCCGACUCGCACUACUCUGCGGCGAAAGAGGGAUCGCAUUCGGGCCCGUCGUCGCCCAUGUCCCUCCCCGCAUCGCUCCCGUCGCAGCGCGGCUCGUCCAUGGCACGCGCAAGCUGGUCGCUACACCGCGACGACAUCCCCCCGCGCCCACGCCCACGCCCUCGUACGCGCGCGCGGACGCCCGAGGGGUCGACGGCCGCCAGCCCGUCUUGGUCGCCGGCGCCGGCCAGCCUGCUGCUGGGCGAGCGCAUGCCAUCCCCACCACCCCCGCGACACUUAUGGUCGCCGUCACAGGACAGCACGAGUGUUGUCAUGUCCUCGUCGCCGACGGAUUUUCUCGAUUUCGAGGCCGACACUGCCGCAGCAGCGAAGGGCGCUGAGGAGGCGCAGGUGGAGGCUGAUUACGUCGAGACGCUGGCGAAGUGUACCGUGAACGCACGCUAUUGGUUCGUGCACGACCAGAUGACGUACUUCAAGGUCGAGAACGAAAAGUUCUGCGUCCAUCGGCACUUCUUGGAGCGCGACUCGGUGUAUUUCCAAGAGCUAUUUGCAGGACCCCUCGGGGACUAUGGCAGGACGGAGAAUGAGGCGAUUCCGCUGGAGGAUGUCACCGGCGCCGAAUUCGAGUGUCUGCUGGACUUCUUCUAUAACGGCAUGUACGUCCACACCGCAUUCUCCCUCGCACAGUGGGUCUCGCUGCUCUCCGUCUCCUCCCGGCUCCAAUUCGAGCUCCUGCGCAACCACUCGAUCCAGCAGAUCGAGGCGCACCAAACGCCGCUGGACCCGAUCGAUCGGCUCGUCCUCGCGACCAAGUACGACGUGCCCGAAUGGCUCGCGCCGGCGUUCACGGCGCUCUGCCAGCGCGCUCAGCCGCUCGAGGAGUGGGAGGCCGAGAAGAUCGGGCUCCGGAACACCGUCCGCGUCGCGAAGGCGCGCGAGGUGUUUCGCGACCGCGUCCUCGGCGUGCUGGGCUCUGGCGUGCCCAGUCCUGCCCCCAGUCCGGUGUAUUCGUAUUGGCGCCCUUCGGGACGUGUGCCGAGUCCGGUUGCGUCGCCAACGAUCCGUGUCGAUGCGGAUCGGCGGUCGGAUGCGAGAGCCUCGAGGAUUGUUGAUGAGCUAUUCUUCAGGGAGCAGUGAGUUUGUCUCUUGGACGUUUAAAAUCCACAGUGUGGAGUAUGGUCGAGGAACUUUAUCUCGCCAAGUGAGCGGGCCUCGAGCAUCUUUUCGAUCAAGUAACCGUGGUACUAUGUAGCUAAAGAAUUGUUUUUUUGUUUUGUUUCUUGUUCAUCGUUGGAGAGUCCUUGUCGAUUUACCAUUGUUCGGAGUGACGCGUCGUUCGGCUGGCCGUUGAUUCCCCUUCUGGAUCUUUCGGUG